AUGGCAGGUGCAGACGAACUAUCGGUGUCAACGCUGUCGCUUGGUGACGAAGGUGUCCAGGUGGACGAAAAGCUAAAUGCUGUGCGUCAGAGCGUGAUCGCGGGUGAUAUGGAGCAAUUCCUUGCCACCGCUGGUGAUAUCGGGGACAAAUCCCCUCUCGUAUACCUCAUGGACUGGCUGCACACUUGGCAGCAGGAGUACGAGGCCUUUGUACACGUCCUAGGUGUACAGGAAGAAACAGAGGAUGGACAGGAACCCACGGAGACGGAGAAGGACCUGGCCGAGAUGGAGGCCGAGGCUGAACAGCUUAUGAAGGGCUUCGGCAAGGUGGCAACGGCACUGCUGCAGCGUCUGGGCAUCAAGAACCCGGACAGCGUGGUAGACCGUCACGGCUGGACGCUACUGAUGCAGGCGGCUAACUCAGGACUCUUUGAGCUUACAGAAGAGCUGGUGGCUCGUAAGGCCGACGUGAAUUACGGUGGCACAGCCAAGGACGCCUCCAAUCCGCUGUACUUGGCUGUCGAGUCGGAACACACGGCUGUGGCCUUACUAUUGCUUAAGAACGGUGCCAUUGAGUCAGCUACUAAGCUAGUAACGACUCCUUCAGUAGGUGCAGAAAUUGGUGACGACGAUGACGAUGAAGAGGACGAUGACUGCGCGUUGUUCCAGGCCUGUCGCUUCGGCCACUUGAGUGUGAUCAAGGAGAUGCUGGCACUUGAUGUAGACGUCAACUUCGCACUCCCUUCAACAGGGGAUCGCGCUCUGCACGUAGCUGUUAUGUUCGAGAUGCAAGAGGUUGUGGAACUUCUCGCUAGAAGUGUCAAGAUUGACUUAAGCGCCCUGAACGAGAGUGGACAGACGUGUCUUUUCGGCUGCUCUGGCGUUGAGAUCGUCAAGAUGCUCGUUGCCAAGGGUGUGGACCCCAAUAUUAAGGAUGUCGACGGCGAGACGGCGCUAUCUAUGGCACAGGCGCUUGGUGACGAUGAAGUGUCCGAGUACUUGGAGACGGUGACUCAGUAG